AUGAAUAUACGCGCUCCUCUCCAGUCGAUUCAAGCAUGUCAAGAUAACAAGCAAGCUUCUGUCGACGAGACCCAGGAGGAAGGGAAAGGCCGCAAGAAGAUUGGCAAGAAAACUAUAAAGAAGACUGUCCAGGGUGACGAAAUCGACCAGUUUGGAGACCGUGGUGCGAAACCAGAUGUCGAGCUCACGUAUUUUUAUCAGACGUUGAAAGACAUUGUCGACCAAUAUCCUGAAGAUCAGUACGUGGUCUUGAUCCAAGUGGGAUCAUUUUAUGAGCUCUAUUUUCAGCAGGCUGAGAAACAUGCAUCCGUCUUGGGCCUCACAUUGAGCAAGAGAGUUCUCAAAAAUCAUGAAAUACCUUUUGCAGGCUUUCCUGACUACAAGCUUGAAAAAUACUUACAGAUCGUUUUUGGCCAAGGGCUCAAAGCUGUUGUUUGUGAUCAGCAGACCACUGCACAGAACGUGAUUGUGAGGCCGGUGACUCGGUUGGUUACCCCGGGAACUAUCAUUGAUGAGGCAUUGAGAGAUUAUCAUCGCACAAAUUAUUUGCUGGCUAUCCAAUUUCCUGCGGACCCAUUCAAAAAAGAUGCUCUAGGUCAAAAGAUAGGUAUGUGCUGGGUAGAUAUUGGCUUGAGUCAGUUUCAUGUACUCGAAACUAAUAUGAAUGAGCUUAUGGCCAACAUAACUAGGAUCAAUCCAAGUGAAAUUCUGAUAGCCAGUGAUCUAGAUAUCGAUUCUUUGAUUACAGGGAAGUGGUUUCCCGAAUUGGGAGAACUGAAGAAAUACUAUAUAAGCAGGUAUUCGCUGCCGUCAGUCAGUACACCGCUUCUGGAUUUUGCCGACCGUUUCUCAGAAAACAAGCGACUUGUCCAAAGCCGUUUGGAUAAGCUUUCGCAGAAAGAAGCUGGAGCCGCAAAAGUUUUGCUGCACUACCUGAAUGAGUGUCUGCCUUUUUACAAGCUCAGUUUUGACUUGCCCCAACGAUCGUUGCCAAAUACGCUUAUGCAUAUUGAUCCUCGCGCUGCACAGGAUCUGGAACUCACUGAGACCAUAGUUGGUGGUUUCCGAACUGGAGCUCUCGCGUCCAUAAUUGACAAGACAUGUACGGUACAAGGCUCCCGACUUCUAAAUACGUGGCUUCUCUCUCCAUCCACAGAUGUCGGGGAGAUUAGGAAACGUCAAAGGUAUAUUGAGGUUUUUCUAAACAACCACAUUUUUGUCGAGGAGCUGAUCCAGUUGUUACGCAAGACCACUGAUUUAGGCCGAAUCGUUCGCCGUGCAGAUAACAAGAGGGCCGACAUGGGAGAGUACUUGGAAUUGGGACAUACUAUCAUGAUAAUCGAUGAGAUUCACAAGAUGGUGAAGGACUGUCCGGAUAAAAAGUUAGUCAAUCUUGUUCUGCCUUUAUUCGAAAAAUUCAAGGAGUCUCCAGCUCUUAUGAGUCUAUCUCAAUCUAUUAUCAACACAAUCAACCCUCAGGCCCUUAGGGUGAAAAUUGAUACAAAUAGGAAUGACUUCGAAGUGCUCCGUAAGUACUGGUUUCUCAAGCCAACAGCCUCUCCAAAGCUUGCAGAGCUUAGAGAGAAAUAUGACCAGCUUGAGCUUCGUUUUCAGGCUCUGAUACAGCAAUUGUCAGAAAAAUUCGAAAAAUUCGGUUACCAAGGAAGUUUCAAUCUAAUCCGUGAUCCUCGGUCCACUGAUUUCGUCAUUGAUGUUCGAUCAUCUAGAAAAUCAUUCAAGAAUCUUGUCGACAACAUGGACCUUCAGCUUCGUGAAAGAACAAAGUCCAGUGCCAAAUUCUGGACAGUCGAAUGGCAAACUUUAGGUACAGAGAUGUUAUUUGUUGAGCAAGACAUUUUGAGAGAAGAAGAAAGGAUCAUAUCAUUGAUUCGGGAUACUUUGCUCUCCCUUUCUACAGAAUUGCGCCAGGUUGCUCCUAUCAUUGAGUUUCUGGACGUCUGCUCCUCCUUUUAUCUGCUGGCUUGGGAAAAAGGUCUUGUCAAACCAACUGUGGACCGAAGCACCAAAUUUGAGAUAGAAAAUGGACGCCAUUUGGUAGUGGAAGAGGGUUUGCGUGGACGAGUCACUGGAGUUGAAAAUUUUACAGCGAAUAGUUGUGCCCUGGAUUCAGGCAGUGGAUGGGUGAUCACAGGCCCAAACAUGGGUGGCAAAAGCACCUUCUUACGACAAAAUGCACUGAUUGCAAUACUUGCGCAGAUAGGAUCUUAUGUCCCUGCGACAAAAGCUCAUAUCGGGAUCAUAGAUAAGGUUUUUACCAGAGUUGGAGCCUCGGAUAACAUUUACAGACAUCAAUCAUCGUUCAUGGUAGAAAUGAACGAAACUGCAAUUAUACUUAGGGAUUCCACAGAAAGAUCCUUGGCUAUAGUUGAUGAGCUUGGACGAGGAACAUCGGCGGUUGAAGGUAUAACCAUCGCAUAUGCAUCUUUGUCUCAUUUGGUAAAAAAUAAGAAGUGCAAAGUGCUCUUUGCAACGCAUUUCGGCGCGGAGAUCCACAAACUGAUGAAAGAUGAUAAAGAGUUAGAGCGACGUACGGCCUUCUAUCAAACUACUCUAACUAAAAUUCAUGAUGGCGAAUUACCAAUCGACGAAAAGCUCAUUUUCAACCACAAACUGAUUCCCGGAAUCAGCUCUCAUUCGCAUGCUUUUGAAAUUGCACAACUGGCUGGCUUUCCCUCCGAUGCAUUAGAGCUGGCCAGAAAGACGUACAUCAAAGCGACAUCAGGUUUACGUAACGAUUGA